AUGGGAAACAAGCAAAGUUCACAGCUAAAUAAACAAAAAGGAAAUGUAGACAAAAAUGUUUCCUCUACGCAUAUAUGCAACCGAUGUCAUGAACAAUUUAGUACAGAGAUGGAUCUUCAAUAUCAUCGAUGUAAGAAAGACGCAGUACACGCUGCAACUCCGAAACCAAUAGAAGACGUGACAGAAGUUAAAGUCUUCAGUGGCUCGAUCCAUGUCUGCACAGGCGAUAUCACACAACAAAAGAUGGAUGCCAUCGUUGUGACGACAACAACCGCUCGUUACAGAGACUCUGUUCUUCAGAAAGCAGGCGAUUCUAUCAAAAAACUCUACACAGAACAGACACAAGCUAAACCAGAUGCACCUUUUAGUACCGAUAGUGGACACCUACCGUGCAAAAAGAUAUUCUUUAUACCGUCUUCGAAACUAUCUAAAACUGCUGAUAGAUGGGUGUUUCGAACCAUUGUUUCAGAAGCUAUACAACUGCUUGUUGAAGAAAAGACGGUCAAUAUUCGAUCGAUCGUAUUUCCGGCUGUCGGUUGUGGUCUACAUGGUUGUGAUACAACCUUUGUUGCAGAAACAUUACUGAGAGCUGUUGCUUACGAGCUUGAACAACGACCAAACUUACCCCUAUCUGUUUACUUUAUCGUUCAAUCAAGAGAUUCUAUCGUUUUUAAUAAGUUUGCAGAGCAGUUAAAGCUGCUGAAAUCUCCUCCGCAAUCAUCUGCACGGCGCUCAAUAGUACCUAGAAAACCUUCAGCGAAAGAUAAUGCACCAGUUUUCGAACGCAGAGUGCUAGAUCCAUCUAGCGAUGCAUAUAAAGAAGUUGUUCAACAAUUUCGAAAAACUAUAUCUGACCAGCACUGCAAACAAAUUGUUCGUAUUGAGAAUAUUCGAAAUAAACGUUGGUACAGGCAGUAUUUAGCAGAAAGAGACGAUUUCAAUUACCGACUCAAAGGAAAUACGGAAAAACGCUUAUUCCAUGGAUGCUCAGAGAAAGCGGCUGAUAGUAUUAUGAAGGAAUUUUUCAAUCGAGGCUUUGCCGGUGAUCACGGUGUUGCUUAUGGGCAAGGAUGUUACUUUUCAUUAAAUGCAAGUUAUAGUCAUACGUACGCAACAGCUAAUGACAAAGGGGAACGCCGAAUGUUUUUAGCACGUGUGUUAGUUGGAAAGACAACGAGAGGUGAUCGUUCUAUGAAGGUGUGUCCUCCGGGAUUUGAUUCAACUACAGAUGGUUCUCACAUAUUUGUUGUUUAUCGAGACAGUCAAGCAUUUGGAGAAUAUUUGAUUACUUAUAAAUAA